AUGAAAGAAUUACUUGAUUUACCCGACGAAAUAAUCUUGGCGAUCAUCAAUAGAAUUAAACCACAAUUUUUAUUGUUUUAUUCUCUUAUUGGCACAGGAAAUAAUCGUCUGGAACGAAUCGUCUUAGAAAAAUCCCAUUCACUCGACUUAACGUUUGAUUACUAUAAAUCACCAUAUGUAGCAUUUAUGAAACGAUUUUAUGCACAUGUGAUGCCACACAUUUCCAAUAAUAUACAAUUUCUUGCAUUCAAUCUUCAACAUUUGACAGAUAUCAGCACAUUUGCUCAAGAAAAUUGUGGUGGAACUCUAGCAAAUUUAACACAUUUGAAAAUAAUGAUGGGCAAAAAAUGCAUUACUACAGGCACAACUUUUACAUUAGGUGAACUAUAA